GGCCAUAUGAAGGUCACCAGGGAAGAGUGAGGGUCCAGAGGCAGUAGUACCAGUAAAGGUUACAGGCUGUGGCCUGAGCUGCCAUCUUCACGCUCAGCAUCCGCGAGGCCUGUGGGGAUCUGCCCUGGUCAUGCAUCUAAGGGCAGCCUGAGCUGGCUCUCACAGGACAGGCUGCCCACCCCAGCAGGCCCAGGGAGGCAGGCCUCACCAGGCAGAGGCCUGGGUGUCGGGUAGCAAGGCCAUCACUUCCGAGAGUCCUGGCAUGGCUACAUACCAUAGGUGACACUGGCCCCAUCCUCCAGGGUCUCGGGUUUGUUACAGAGAGCAAGUCUGUGGCCCACUGCUCCCAACCCAGGUGAGCAGCCGGUGGCUGGGAUCCGCCCGGACGCUGGGCUUGGAAACUGAGGGCCGCAGGAAGCCCUUCUCUAGCGGGUCGGGGAUGCGCGAGGCCUGCCUGAAUGAUGGUGCUCAUCUCUUGCAGACCAGCCGGUUCCCACGGGAGGCUCCUUGUGUGAUCGGGGAGACCAUGCCCAAGCCCUCCGACUGCCUGCUGCGGCUCCUCCGGGGCACCCCCAGGCAGCGGGUCUGCACCCUGUUCAUCAUCGGCUUCAAGUUCACGUUUUUUGUCUCUGUCAUGAUCUACUGGCAUGUCGUGGGAGAGCCCAAGGACCAAGGGCAGCUCUAUAGCCUGCCUGUGGACAUCCCCUGCCCCCCACUCACGCCCCCAGCCCCGUCCUCCAGCACCCCCCCUCCAGGCAACAUCUUCUUCCUGGAGACCUCAGACCGGACCAACCCCAACUUCCUCUUCAUGUGCUCCGUGGAGUCGGCCGCCAGGACCCACCCCGAGUCCCAGGUGGUGGUCCUGAUGAAGGGGCUGCCCGGUGGCCACGCGCCCCUGCCCCGGCACCUGGGCCUCUCGCUUCUGGGCUGCUUCCCCAACGUGCAGCUGCGCCCGCUGGACCUGGAGGAGCUGUUCCGGGACACUCCGCUGGCAGCCUGGUAUCGGGCCGUGCAGCGGCGCUGGGAGCCCUACCUGCUGCCCGUGCUCUCCGACGCCUCCAGGAUCGCGCUGCUCUGGAAGUUCGGCGGCAUCUACUUGGACACGGACUUCAUCGUCCUCAAGAACCUACGGAACCUGACCAACGUGCUGGGCACCCAGUCCCGCUACGUCCUCAACGGGGCCUUCCUGGCCUUCGAGCGGCAGCACGAGUUCCUGGCUCUGUGCAUGUGGGACUUCGUGGCCCACUACAACCGCUGGAUAUGGGGCCACCAGGGGCCCCAGCUGCUCACGCGGGUCUUCAAGAAGUGGUGCUCCAUCCGUAGCCUGGGGGAGAGCCACACCUGCCGAGGGGUCACCGCCCUGCCCCGGGAGGCCUUCUACCCCGUGCCCUGGCAGAGCUGGAAGAGGUACUUUGAGGAGAUCAGGCCCGAGGAGCUGACUCGGCUGCUCAAUGCCACCUACGCUGUCCACGUGUGGAACAAGAAGAGCCAGGGCACGCGCUUCGAGGCCACGUCCAGGGCACUGCUGGCCCAGCUCCACGCCCGCUACUGCCCCACGACACACGAGAUCAUGAAGAUGUACUUGUGAGGAGCCGGCCUGGCGCCUCUCCUGGAGGUGGGCGGGCAGGAGAGGGAGGUCCGAGCAGCCACAGCCGGGCGUGGGGCAGGCUGAGGCCUGAGCACGUUCCACAGGCCCCGCAGCUGCUCCAGGCCGGGGUAAGCCUGGUGGGAACCCCCUCGGCUGGCGCCCUGGCUCGGGUCAGAGGCCCACAGAGGAUUCCAGAGCCGUCGGGAGUGCCCGGUGAGCCCGGCAGGCUGUCCAGACACGUGGCAAGAAGAGCGCACCUCCCACCGGGAACGGCAAAGCAACUUCCUGGGUG